AUGAAGUCCGUCAUCCUGUAUCCGUAUGGACCGCUUACUGGCGGCGCUCGCUGCUGUCGCAUGUUGCAUGCCAAAAAUUUGGCCAUAACAAGUGCAAUUUACACAAUUAAUAUUUCACUCCUAAUUGUGCUGAUCUAUUCGUGGCGCAUCAAUGUUAACAUGCACAAAUCUGCCGAGCUCCAGGACGUCUACUAUGGUGUACAAAUUGCAUAUUUCGCCAUAAUUGGAACGCAAAUGUCAAUGAUAUUGUUAAGCAUUGUGUUGAUAUUUGGCAUCUGUCGGGAAAACCCCGGCCUAAUUGUACCCUGGAUAAUUGGCUACAUUACGUUCAUGGCCUUGGAAGCUGUCGCCAUGGUUUAUUCGAAUGUGCUGCGUGAUCAUGUGAACAAGCAAUUCGAUGCCAUGUGCAAGGCGGAGGUGGCAUUUUUUAUAGCACGCGCUUUUAUCAAUGUGCUAGCCAUGUGGGGCGUAUUGCGCUUCUAUAACCUCGUGCGUUCGGGCAUUACCUGGCGUGGACCUGAGGCCAAGACUGCCAUCUUUGCGCCCACGUACAAGAGCGUGAGCACACACAGCAAAUCCUCGGUGGUCCACCUGGAAGGCAAGCGAGCCAAGCAGCGCCAGCGACGCUACAGCGUGGAGGCCGAGAGCGGAUGCUGUGCCAUCUUUGACUUUGACUUUGACUACGACGACGAUGACGAGGACGAUGAUGCGGCAGACGAUGCUGUGGGCUAUGACUACGAUGACUACUAUGAUUACUAUGAGGAUGAGGACGAGCAGCAGCUGGAGCUGGAGCAGCACGAUGAUGCCGAUUGCAGCAUGCUGGGCGCUGGGGCUGGCAAGUCGCGCACUCGCACUGCUGCGGUGCGUGUGAAGAGUCAACGGCACCGGCGCAACAACAACAACAUACGCAGCGUGUUGAUCAAUAAGCGUCAUAACAAGUACAAAAUCAGUCGACCGCAAACUCAGCUGGAGGUGAUCAAUGAGUCGGAACGAAGUGCCGGCAGCGGCAGCGAUGAGAACGACUCUCUGCUAGUGGCCUACGACAGCAGCUCGUCCUUGGCGUCGGUUUGACAUUGGCCGCCAUGUCACAAUGGAGCUGCAACAAAUGGGAACGAUAGCCAGCCAACGCCAACAGCUGACGAUGCCAGCAGCAACAACAGCACCAGCAGCAGCAGCA